AAUCAUCCAGAUCUACUACGUCUGUAAAGAAUUUCAACUCUCACUUCAACUGCAUCCUCUUCAGCCGCCCUCAUUGAGAUCCUUAUAGCAAAAUGUGGUGCCAGCGUGUUUGCCAAUAUGAUCCGAAAGAUAGCGAGCUGUCAGAUAGCACCUCCACUCUAUCUUCUGAGAAGCCCCUGAAUGGUCCAAUCAUUCCCGGGGACCUCCCUGUUUACCCAGAUCUAGAACCGAUGAACGUGCAAGACAUCUGGGAGAUAUUCGACUUCAGAGAAGGAGGAGGACCAUUCUUCGAGCUCCCAAGAUCACAUCUGCUUUCUGUUCCAAAGGACCUGGAAAGGGAGCUUGAGAACCUCAUAACCUGCCACAGCCGGCUGAAUACUCUCCUCAAGUACUGUCUCCGGGCGGAGAGGGACGAGCGCGCCCACAGAAGCAACAAGACCCAUACAAAUCAUUUAGGACACCACUUCACCUUCUCACGAGCCGGCCAGUUACAGCUCACGGCAACGAACCGCCGCAAAACCAAGGAGAUAAUCGGCCAGGCCGACUACGCAAUCUGGCAGGGUGAUGAAGCCACGACCUCUGGGCUGAUCAUCGCUGGGACUGAAGACUAUAGGGAUCUGGAUAUGGCGAAACUGCGGUGUUUUGCGUAUAUGAGCAUCGCCCGGAGCUUGCGCAAGCAGACUCCGGAAAUUUUGUACGGGAUCGUCACGGAUGGUAGCGACUUUCAGUUCAUGAGUAUCGACAGUAACGGUAGGAUUAAUGACUGGCGGCCCUGUACAAAAUGGAACCGGAAAACAGCCCCUGCAAUCUAUACGACGUUUCGUUUGGCCCUCCGGCACCCUGCGACGCCAGCAUGCAUACCGGCUGAGGCACUUCGGAUGGAGGGCAAAGACAGAGAUAUUUCGCCGUUUGAUUAUUCUCAUUAUUAUCGCGGGUUGCUCAUGGACCAGAAUUAGUAUUUCAUACUGUGUGCACAGAUUAUUUGGAUGUUAACUUCACGGCAAGAUUGCAAUCCUUUUUCAUACGAAACACUCCCCUCAAUUCACCAUUGAAGUUUUCCAUUAGUUAUGUUGAUGAACAGUUCUAAGCAAGCAGCAACUACCACUCCUCCUUCGAAAUAUUCAUUCAACUCCC